CAAUGUACCCCUCAGUCAGUUGUUCACUUUGAAUGGGAACAAAUAUUUGUCUUUGUUGUGCCAUACACGUUGUGAAAAGUUUAAUAUAAGCACAAUAAGGAAAAGAAUAUGAAAAGAUGAAAGGGAACUGAUAGAAUCUCAUAAACCUUUAUGACUUUUCAGAAUAAUGGCUAUGGUGUAUCAAACCAAAUCGGACUCAAUAGACUCAUAGCACAAAGAUAUCGAUCUCAACUAGAAGAUAUAAAUAAAGAAAUAUACCAUAUCGAUCAUGUCAUUAAUACACUAAAAACAAAAAAGAAUGCAUUAAUAGAAACAAGAAAUCAAUUACUAGAUAAAAUAGCACAAACUGCCAUCGUUGCAGAUCAAACGUCUACUCUGUAUGACACUGAAGACUUUCCUUGGUCAACCAGACUGAAAGCAUUAGCACAACAACAUUUCAACAUUACUUCAUUUCGUGCAUUACAACUACCCAUUCUUAAUGCUGCACUAGAACAAAAACGCGAUCUAUUUGUGUUAUUACCGACUGGAGGUGGAAAGUCACUUUGCUAUCAACUACCUGCUAUCAUGGAUCAAACCGACGGCUUCACACUUGUCAUUUCUCCACUUGUGUCUCUUAUUAAAGAUCAGGUUUAUCAUCUUCGGGAAGCAAAUGUACCUGCAGAAUAUUUAGUGGGCUCUUCAUCCAAGGAACAGGUGUCACUUAUUCAGUCAAACAUGUUUCCAAAAAAGAAAGGUCAACCUAGACCCCAUCCGUUUAAAUUGUUAUAUGUCACACCUGAAAAAAUCGCAAAAAGCAAACGAUUCAUGGCUGCUUUAAACAAAGCCUAUGAUGCUGGUAUGCUCACAAGGAUUGUUGUAGAUGAAGCUCACUGUUGUUCUCAGCAAGGACAUGACUUUAGACCAGACUAUAAACAACUAAAUAUAUUACGAACCGUGUUUCCCAAAACACGCAUCAUGGCACUUACAGCUACCUGUCCUUGGUCUGUCAUGAAGGAUGUCAUGCGUAUACUCAAUAUGAAACAACCCCAAGUUCCAAAUGGCACGCUUGUAUUCAGCGCCCCACUUUUUAGACCAAACCUUAUUUAUCGUGUUGUACAAAAGCCGGAUACAGCGGACGAAACGAUCCGACACGUCACUCACUGGAUAACUGCCCAUUAUCCAGAUCAAUCUGGUAUCAUUUACUGUCUUAGCAAAAAGGAUACAGAGACAGUGGCUCAGAUGAUUUAUAAGGAGAGUAACGGAAGGAUCAAAUGCGGAUCUUACCAUGCUGACAUGGAUGAUGAAGACAAAGACUACAUUCACCAAAAAUGGAGAACAAAGGAAAUUCAAGUUGUCGUGGCUACUAUCGCCUUUGGUAUGGGUAUCAACCACUUGGAAACAAGAUUUGUCAUCCAUCAUUGCCUAUCAAAAUCCAUAGAAGGCUAUUAUCAAGAGAGCGGGCGUGCCGGAAGAGAUGGUAAAAAUGCCGAAUGUAUCAUCUAUUACAACCCUUCCGAUGUGAUGAGAUUAAACCCUAUGGUUGUAGGUGAAGUCAAUGGACAACAUACACUAUAUCAAAUGGUAAAGUAUGCUCAGGAUUAUACUACUUGUCGUAAGAUCUUGUUUGAAAGGUACUUUGAGUUAGAUGCCCAAGAAGGUGAAGGAUUGGUGAACAAUGUCACACCUGAUCAACCAUGUGGGAUUUGUGACAACUGCACUAGAUCCAGAGAUGAAAUCGUCGUGGAAAACAUCUCAACUGAAGCCAGAACCUUAAUUACGAUAUGUGACAUGAUGAAACAAGUGAAUGAAAGGGUUACUAUGAACAAGCUAGUCCAGAUGAUACAAGGUCGCGGAUUAGGUAUAAUCAAGUCUCAUAUCAUGAACCGUCCAGAUAUAGAAAUUCCAAUCCGUAGAUUUACUGAAUAUGAUAUUGAAAGAAUUAUCCAUCACUUACUCUGUCAAGGUUACUUGGCUGAAGAUAUUGUAUUCACUCCUUAUACGACCAUCACUUAUAUCGUCAAGGGCUCCCUUGGUAAUGAAUUGCUUAGAAAUUCUCAGUUAGAGAUCAAUCUUGAAUUUAUAUCAUCUAAUCGUUACAACAAAAAGCUCAAGGCUAACCCCAAACAAUAAGAAUGCAGUUCCGGUGUCAGCAGAUGAUUUUAUAGAAAAAUGCUACGUAAUACAAGGAGUGGGGAAGAGGAAGAGAAAAGAGGAAAAAAAAAAAAAUAAAGUUUUAGGAGAUAAAUGUAUUGUUGUUAUGUAUGAUCAACCCAAACAACAACAACUACAGCUCCGAAUACCUUCUGUUUCUUCUUUCUCUCUCUUUCUAUAUAAAGCCUUU